UUGUCAUUGUUUGCAAACAGCUAUUGGGAAACAAAUCCUUCUCAAAAUGUAUUCGGCUCGUGGCAGGUGCCUUCAUUUGCUCUAACGAUUUUAUUCGUGUUUUCGGUUUGGUGUUUUGGUGUUGGUUUUUAUCGCAAGAUUUUAUCAAAAAAUUUAAAAGCAUAAACAAUGCGAUCCCUUAGCUAUAACGUUUUGAUUAUAUUUGUCGUAAUCAAUGCACUUUUUGGCUGUUUCGAGGCCAGAUUUCUCCCAUCGCCUUGCCCUGAUACGUUCAGCUAUCAGAUUGAUCCGAGAACCAAUGCUGUUUACGGACUCAUAGAGGUAAAAAAUCUUCAGAUGGGCAAAGUUGCCAAACUCAUCGUUGAUCUAUCGAUCGCCAUGCAUUUGCCUAAGACGAAUGUUGGAUCGAUCGCGCUGGUGAAGUCACGUGAGUCCACCUUCAACGAUAUCAUCCAAGGUCUGCCGAUCCAGUACCGGGUAAACUUUCCCGUUCAACAUAUUUUGCCGGCAGUGGUUUCGAUUUCUCUGAACGGGCAAACCAUCUGCAGCGGCUAUCGAACGUCCCAGGGCCGAGUGAUAACGACGAUCAAUCUCGAGCACACCCUGUACUCGCAGCUGCAGUCGCAGAAACUUUCCCAGGUUGCCGGAGAGUUUCUCUACCCGGAUCUCGUGGCGGAUGGUGGAGUCGAGAUGGAUCUAUCGAUGCCCUCGAAGUUUGCCCCGAUACAGACCAGAUUUGAUGGCCCGAAAACGCUGCUGAGACCUCCGCUGUUCGCGACCUUCAAACCCUCGAGACCAGGGCUUGUUAGUCCCGUUCGAAGUACUGCCUCGCCACCGACUUCAAACUACGCAUGUGGUAAGCCGUCGAGUUCCUUCGCCCAGCGGCUGACCAUCAAUGGCGAGCUGGUUGACAAGGGACAGUUCCCGUGGAACGUUCCGCUAUUCGAUCGGGACCAUCCGCACAGUCCCAAGUUUGUCUGCGGCAGCACGAUCAUCACCCGGCGGCAUUUGAUCACGGCUGCGCACUGUGUGUUCGAUAUUGACGAUUUCAUCCGGCCAGAACGGAUUCUGGCGAUACCGGGAAUGUACAACAUCGACAACUUCUUCGAGGAGAACGCCAAACUGGCCGACGUCGAAGCAAUCAUAGCGCACGACGAGUAUGUCCCCGAUGACGAUCUGAACGAUGCGGACGUGGCCGUGCUGAGGUUGGUGGACCCCUUGGAGUACUCGGACUAUAUCAUUCCGAUCUGUCCGUGGCAGGGUGAGAACGAUCUCAACAAAAUCGUCGGCCAAGAGGGGUAUGUGGCUGGCUGGGGAUUGGUCGAUACGGGAAGUACCUCGGUUCCGACCUACAUCCGUACGACGAUCGUUGACCGCAGACAGUGCAACUUGAAUCUGCUGCGAAUGUAUCCACGCAACGCGAGGCUUUUCUGUGCCGACGGUCGUGGAUCGGCUCCGUGUAAUGGAGAUUCCGGCAGUGGAUUGGUGCUGAAACGAGGAAAUCAAUACUUCCUGCGGGGUGUGGUAUCGAAGGGUCUGAUCGAUCCUAACACGCUGAAAUGUGACGCCAGCAAGUUCGCCAUCUACACCGACAUAGCUCUGUUUCGGUUCUGGCUCAAGAAGGUUACACGGUAGCCUUUUUGAGGGGAGGCCACAGAGCCGCUCAGGCGCCUACAUAAUUUUAUGCAUUUUACAGCGUUUCAGCGAAAUUUUUAAAACUGAGUAAUAAAUUGU